AUGGAGAUGACUGUGGAGCAGUCUGCCGAGGAGGAGGAGGACGAGGUGGAAAUCUCUGGCAUCCUGACCUCUGAGACCAGGGAGACCAUUUACACGGAUGGAAACAUCCAGGAGGGCCUGGCGCCCCAGACCCCGCCACCCAUCAAGGACAGUUACAUGAUGUUCGGCAUGAACCAGUUCCAGUGUGAUGACCUCAUCAUCCAACUGCUGGAGAGCCAGGGCAUCGAGUGGCUGCACCCCAUGCAGUUCGACCACAAGAAGGAGCUGCCCAAGCUCGACAUGUCCAUCCUCGUCAACUUCCUGGACCUCUUGGACAUCCAUCGGGAGCCUGGGAGCAUCAAGCGGGAGGAGAAGCUGGAAGACCUUAAGCUGCUCUUUGUCCACGUGCACCACCUCAUCGAGUACCGGCCCCACCAGGCCCGCGAGACCCUGCGGGUCAUGAUGGAAGUCCAGAAGCGUCAGCGUCUCGAGACUGCCGAGCACUUCCAGAAGCACCUGGAACGUGUCAUUGAGAUGAUCCAGACCUGCCUGGCCUCUUUGCCGGAUGACUUGCUCAUUCCGAAGGCGGAGCACAGGGCUGCCGAGGACAGUAAGCAAGGGCCUGGAGGGGUGAGUGAGCAGCAGAGAGACAGCUCAAGCUACAGGAUGGACCAGAUUCUCCAGAAGGAUAAGGCCCUGUGUGUCUUGAUUGACAACAUGAAUGAAAGACCUUGGGGGGGGGAUACAGAAGCUCAGAGUGGAGCCUCGAUAGCAGGCGGUUGUGGUGUCCAGGUGGUGAGGUGA